CUUAAUGUCUACAGUCCAUUCGCCGUUCCCACGGCUGCCGCUCUUUCGGACUACACGUCUUUACAAUUACUGGUUCAUUUCCAUGAUCACCUCGAAGAAACUAUAGGUCCAAGUCGACUGCCGGGCCAUGUCGCGGCUGUCGCUGAGGGCUUGGCCAAUCCUGCGGCCCUUACAAGUCAGCCGAAUCAUACCAUGGUCACAUGUUCCUGCGUCAUGGUUGGGCACACCGACUGCUCCAGUACGCGUAACUUUCUCCACACAAAGUUCCAAGAGGACCGCCCAGCAGUCUGACCCAGAACCGUCGUCGACAUCGUCCCACAAAUAUGAAGAGCCAUCGCUUCCGAAGAAGAUGCUGGAAUCCGCCGCGACAUCCUUCGCCUCUAUUCUCGUCCUCGCCGCAGGUUUUGGCAUUGCCGCCUAUGUCUAUCAUAGGUCAUACAAGCUCAUAGUCUUGAAGAAGAUGGCCCGUGCCUUUGAGCCCGGCGAUCCGGUUCUCGAACUCGCUGCCAUUGGAAAAGGAGUACCCAUGUCUCCCGCGGACGCCGACGAUCGCUGGGUGAUGCGGCCCGAGCAGAAACGUGUCGACGAAAUAGUUCGAGGAGAGGAAGUCGGUCACUACCAUCUGCUCAUCGGCGACAAGGGUACCGGCAAGAGUAGCAUGCUCAUUGAAGCGAUGCGCAAGAUCGAUGGUGACGGGGUGGCCAUGUUCGAGGCCCACGCCGAUCUCGAGAUUGUCCGCAUCCGCCUUGGCAAGGCUCUCGACUUUGAAUUCCACGAGGACUACAUUGGCGGCUACUUCAGCGAGCGGGGACCGCGCGAUUCCACCGCACUCUUGGACAUCGAACGGGCCCUGAACAAGCUCGAAAAGGUUGCCAUUAAAAAGCGUGCCGAGCGGGAAAAGCCCCUGGUGCUCAUCAUCAACCAGAUGCACCUCAUCCGCGACGACGAAGACGGCAAAGACCUGAUCGAAUUACUCCAGCAGCGCGCCGAGCAAUGGGCGGCCGCUAACCUCGUGACCAUGAUAUUUAACAGCGACGAUUUCUGGGUGUACGAGAGGCUCAAGCAGCUUGCCACGCGGAUGGACGUCCUGCCUGUUUUCGACUUGCCAAAGCAACGGGCCACCACCGCCCUACAGAAGUACAGGUUAAAAUACUUCAACGAGGAGCUUACCGACGAACAACUUGAACAAGUGUAUAGCCUCGUCGGCGGACGGCUGUCCUUUCUCAACCGAGUGGCCAAGAGCCGGGAUAUGUUGGCAACAUGCAGGAGGAUAUGCGAGACCGAAAAGAAAUGGUUCCUCAAUCAGUGCUGGAUACUGGGCCAGGAAAUGGACGACGACGUAAUGAAUCAGCAGAAGUGGGCUGCUGCCGCCAUGGUUCUCGCUUCAGCCCUGGUCGAUAAAGAGGCGUCUAUGGAUACAUACGACUCCAACAGUGGUCACAAGCUCCCUUCCUUCCCAUUACAUACCGCUCAGCAAAUCAUGACUCGCGCCGACCUCAUUCGCGAGAUGGACCGCCUCAACCUUUACUCCAUCACUUCAGAGGCCGAAGUCAGGGCGUCGUCCGUGCCGAUGCAUCAUGCUUUCCGGGAGAUCUGCUCAGAGCCCAGCUUCCAUGAACAUCUCGACGCCACUAUUCUCCGCAUAGCUGACAUUGAGAGUCUCGGCCGCCAGAGAGAGCUGGUGGCUAAGGAUCUCGCGCUCGGAGGGCAUUACGAAAUAACGAAGCAAGGGAAGGAUGGCAUAGCUGUGAAAUUAGUUCCGGGCGAAGAUCGAGGCAUGUAUCCUGGCUGAUACAGCACAUUCACCUUUGCCCGCCGAUGGUACCCCCCCUCACGAUAUGGAUUUGGUGGUCUGCUUGGCACGAAGCAAGGUCCCUUGAACGGACCAUACCGGAACGCUAGUUCCUCACCCUCCAUUCUGCAAUGACUCUUACCCCUUGGGAUGUUACUAUGUAAGCUACCUUACCGUGGAAAGAUAGAAUUUCGUCUAUAUUUGUAAAAAUCGCCCAUAUAAUGCAAAAAAAAAAAAAA